AUGGCUCGAGAGGGGCCUCAAGUCGAGUCCGGUCCAGACUCGGACACAGACACGAGUAUAAGUCGCCUCAUAGACGAUGAAGAAGGCAUCCUCACAACCCACAACGACCUCAACAGCAACAACCACAUCAAAUACAACGACAACGACAACGACGACACAAACCCCCUCACCGAAUGCUCCCCCCUCCUCCCCCGCCGCAACAGCACCGCCUCAGCCACCUCCACCACCAAAUCCUUCAUCUUCCUCGGCGAAACCUGCCCAGCCCGCUUCUGGCUCAUCUUCGCCCAGAUCCUCAUCUCCCAGUUCAUGGCCGCCUUCGACGGCACCCUCAUGGCCUCAUCCCACCCGGUCAUCACAUCGCACUUCAAAGCAGCCAACUCGGCCUCCUGGCUCUCCACGGCCUUCUUACUCACGUCGACGACGUUUCAGCCGCUGCUGGGCAGGCUGUCCGAUGCGGUAGGCAGAAAGCCCCUGUUUGUAGCCAGCAUUGGCGUCUUCACGCUUGCGACCAUGUGGUGUGCUUUGGCGGGGAGUAUCGAGAGCUUUAUUGCGGCGAGGGCGCUUUGCGGGCUCGGUGCUGGGGGGGUGGGUGCGUUGGGGAGCAUCAUCACGAGUGACUUGGUGCCGAUAGAACGCCGAGGCACCUACCAAUCCUACGUCACCGCAAACUUCGGCGCCGGCUCCGCCCUCGGAGCUGCCCUCGGCGGCGCCAUGGCCGAAGCGCUCGGCUGGCGAUGGGAAUUCGGCGUCCAAGUCCCGCCGCUGCUCCUGUGCAUGGCCAUGUCGGCGGUGGUGAUCCCGGACGAUAUUGGUUUGCAGGGCCCGCGGCGAGGCAUCUUUGACGCGAUGCGGCAGUUUGACUUUGGGGGUUCGGCCUUGUUGACGGUGUCGACGACGACUGCGAUUUUGGGAUUGAGCUUUGGCGGCAACAUCUAUCCAUGGACCCAUCCCGUCGUCCUCACCGCCCUCUCCCUCGCAGCCAUCGCCUUCCCAUCCUUCCUCUGGUUCGAAACCCGCGCCGCCAUGCCCAUCAUGCCCUUCCACCUCAUCCAGAAAUCCCCUCGGGCAAACCUCAUCUUUGCAAACUUCAUCGCAGCCGUGCUCGCCAACGCCAUCAGCUUCAACAUCCCCCUAUACUUCCAAGCCGUCCUCCUCUCCAGCGCCACCUCCUCCGGCCUCCGCCUCGUCAUCCCCUCUGUCGUCGCCUCCAUCAUCGGCGCCCUCACCGGCCUCUCCAUCACCUACACCCGCCGCCUCAAGUGGCCCGUGCUCGCCGGCACCGUCUGGUACCUCCUCGGCAACAUCACCCUCUGCUUCCUCCGCCGCGGCAUGCCCGAAAUCGUCUACCUCCUCGUGCUCAUCCCCCAGGCCAUCGGACAGGGGUUCCAGUUCCCCGGCACCUUCAUCGCCAUCCUCGCGUGCGGCGAGCAGGCCGAGCAGGCCGUCGUCUCGAGCACACUUAUCCUCUGGCGGUGCUUGGGUCUAGUGCUCGGUAUUGCGCUGAGCAGCCUCGUCAUCCAGAAUGGGCUGGUGUACUAUCUUAAUGAAUUCGUUCGCGGCGACGACAAGUUGGAAAUCAUUAGGCGCGUCAGGGCGUCUGUCGAAGCUGUCGCUCAGCUGGAAGAGCCGUACAGGGAACAAGUGAUACGUAGCUAUGAGGCGUCGCUAAGACUGACCUUUAUCUUCUGCACCGUGCUGGCUGCUGUUUCGGUGUUGAUUGUUCUGCCGAUGAAGACGCCUCGUUUAGCACCGAUGAAGCGUAAGUCGCGAAAUGCUUGA